CUGCGGAAGCGCAGUCGGUUGGGGUCCGUCCCUUCGGCCUUCGGCACCAGGAGGCGGAGCGACAGCCCGGCCUGGGCGGUAUCCUCCGGAGCGGCCAUCGCCGGGCUCCAUGGAGAAGCGGGGCGCGCCGCCGGCCGCCCCUCCGCGGGGCCCGGUGUUGCAUAUCGUGGUAGUGGGCUUCCACCAUAAGAAGGGCUGUCAGGUUGAAUUCUCCUACCCUCCUCUGAUGCCUGGAGAAGGACAUGACAGCCACAGUUUACCAGAGGAAUGGAAAUAUUUGCCAUUUCUUGCCUUACCAGAUGGUGCUCACAACUACCAAGAAGAUACUGUGUUUUUCCAUUUGCCGCCAAGAUGUGGGGACCGAACCACAGUAUAUGGUGUCUCUUGCUAUAGGCAGAUUGAAGCAAAGGCAUUAAAAGUGCGACAAGCAGACAUCACCCGAGAAACGGUGCAGAAAAGUGUCUGUGUUCUCAGUCAGCUGCCCUUGUAUGGGUUACUUCAGGCAAAGCUGCAGCUCAUUACUCACGCGUAUUUUGAAGAAAAAGACUUCUCACAAAUUUCUAUUCUAAAGGAACUUUAUGAUCACAUGAAUAGUUCCUUGGGAGGGACUUCGUUAGAAGGGUCACAAGUUUAUCUUGGUCUAUCUCCUCGGGAUCUUGUUCUUCACUUUAGACAUAAGGUCUUGAUCCUUUUUAAAUUGAUUCUUCUAGAGAAGAAGGUGCUGUUUUAUAUUUCUCCAGUAAAUAGAUUGGUGGGAGCUCUGAUGACUGUACUGUCAUUAUUUCCUGGUAUGAUUGAGCACGGUCUUACUGACAGCUCACACUAUAGACCCAGAAAAAGCAUAUCAGAGGAUGCUGGCUUGCAAGAAACUGCACCGUGGUUAGAUAACUCAACUUCUGUGUCUGCUGGUGAUACUUCAAAUACAGACUUGGGGCCAGGGAAGAGAGGUGGGGAGAUGGCAGGAAACCAUUCAGAAGGUCAAAAAGCAAACAUGCCUUUCUCCCAAUCGAAGAAGAGUUACAAUGGAGCUCAGUCCUCCAAUGGUACUGUGCAGCAUUUGGAAGUUCCUUCCCGCGUUUCUCCAGAAUCAUUUGAAAGUGACUGGGAGACCUUAGAUCCUGGCGUUUUGGAGGAGUCUAGUAUGAAAGGAGAAGGUGAAAAAGCAGCAUCAGAGCAGGUGGAAAAUUGUCCAAGUGAACGGCCGAGCUCUGAAGGUCUUCCAAUCACUGUGCAGCCCCAGGCAAAUACGGGACACAUGGUGCUUGUUCCGGGACUCAUAUCUGGGUUGGAAGAGGACCAGUACGGUAUGCCAUUGGCUAUUUUUACAAAGGGGUACCUUUGCUUGCCAUACAUGGCACUGCAGCAACAUCACCUUCUGUCGGAUGUAACGGUCCGCGGCUUUGUUGCGGGAGCCACCAAUAUCCUGUUCCGUCAGCAAAAACAUCUGAGCGAUGCAAUUGUGGAAAUAGAAGAUGCUCACGUACAAAUCCACGAUCCAGAACUUCGUAAGAUCCUGAACCCUACAACUGCUGACCUAAGAUUUGCAGAUUACUUGGUGAAGCAUGUAACUGAGAACAGAGAUGAUGUUUUCCUUGAUGGCACUGGAUGGGAAGGAGGAGAUGAGUGGAUCAGGGCUCAGUUCAGUGCUUAUCUUCAUGCACUGCUUGCUUCUGUGCUGCAACCAGACAAUGAAAAGACUUUGUCAGACUUUGGAACAGCCUUUGUAGCAGCCUGGAAAAAUACUCACAACUACAGGGUGUGGAAUAGCAACAAGCAUCCAGCUCUUGCAGAAGUACAUUCUAGCCAUCCGUUUCAGGGACAGUACUCUGUGUCAGACGUUAAAUUAAGGUUGUCACAUUCUGUGCAAAACAGUGAACGUGGGAAGAAGAUUGGGAAUGUGAUGGUUUCUACCAGCCGAAAUGUUGUGCAAACAGGAAAAGCUGUAGGUCAGUCGGUUGGAGGAGCCUUCACAAGUGCAAAAUCAGCCAUGUCUUCAUGGUUUUCCACUUUUACGCAGUCAAGCCAAAGCCUUGGGGACUAAGUGACGGUUUUGCCCAGUGUUGCUGAAUAUUUCAGGUGCAAUGGUUUCUCUGAGCUGUAAAAGGACUGCUCCAAAAAGUAGGAGUGAAUACUACCUGUCCAGGACCAAAACAAGGCGUAUGUUGCGUUCAAGGAGAUGUGGAAUGUUAUCAUUCAAUUUCACUAGAAGUAUAGAACAGCGAGUGCCUCCGUAAGACGAGAUGGCAUUUGCUGGAUAUUGGUUGUAUUUAAAAUGACUCCUUCAAAUCUGAGCCUUCAAAAUGACAUUAGCAAACAAGGCUUGUUGCAAGCCAAACGUGUUUGACUUUAGAUUUGUACAUUUUAUUGGAUGUUGAAGAUAUUUAUGUAAAGUAGUUAUAUUUUUCAAUCCAAGUAGCCAAAUGGUUGUGAACCUUCUUAGAAAUAAGCAGAGUGUGACUACUCAUUCAUCUUUCAGGUUGGGUUAGAGAGCAUGUCAACAACAGUUACAGAGGUGGAAGCCCUAUGACGGCUCAAAGCCAGGUAGUGCUUUGCUGGUUCCACCUGCAGACUAGAAUCAGCAGGGUGCAGAAUAAGAUUGUGGCUGAUGUUUGAGUGUUUCUCCUUUCUCAUCUAUAGCCAUGCACAGUCUUUUGCAUUAAUCUCUCUAGCUCUCUUUGUGUCUGCAAGUCUGUGUAAAAUCACUCUUUUCUUGGUAUUACACAGUAGGCCUUUGUGACAGCGUAUGUUUUGGCAGUGUUUGACCCCAGGACAUGAGCAGGUUUCCAGUUGGAGAGCUCUCUUCAUGAGAAGUAUUACAAAACAAUACUCCAAAAUUAGGAUUGAAUCAUAGAUGGUUUUCUGAGGUCUCGCUCUGUUAGGAUAUAAUUACACCAUCAAUGUAAUUAUUAUGUAUAUGAAUACUAAGUAUUAAAAUUACCUAAGCUAGCAAAGUAGCAAACUGCGUAUUUUAUUUUGCCAGUGAAGUUAUGAAGACUCUUCCAAAUGAAGAUGGGCUAUACAGAUUUUUCUUUGCCUACUCAGGGAACGUUCUAUUUGUAUAAUUACUUCUUUUCAUAAGGAAAGUAACACCAAAACUGAGGGAGCAACUGAAGCAGUUCAGUUCUUAUCCUUGCUUGAAGGAAUAUAAUAGUUUGUAUGUAACAUGUUCCACCUUGUAUUUUUCGUGCUCCUGAAGCAGAUGAUUUGCUGUUAGUUGCAGUGUAUGUGCCUAUUCCUUCUAACAUUCUCACAUGAUCACUGCUAAUGUUUUCUGUGUUGCAUUAUCAGAUAUUCCAACUUUUCUGUAUUGGAAUGCUCUCUGUUUAUUCCCUUAUCGGUGUCUUUGUGUUCUGCCAUGCUUUUUUUCUGGGGCCAAGGUUUCAAGUCAUGGUUGUUUCUUACCCUCAAAUAAAAUAGCUGUACAAGAGAUAAAUAAGACGGUUCUAAUGUAAUUUAAAAUGUUAAGUUCUAAUUUCUUCAGGUACAUUUCAAAAGCUAGUAGAAAAGGCACAGCUGCAUCUCACAGGUACUGUACAAUAAUGUAGCUUUCAGUGUUACUGGUCCAGAUAGCAAUUCAAAUACAGGAGAUCUGUUUUAAAGAUUUUGUUAAGCUGAAUACGUAGUAGAACAGCCACAGGAAACCUGGACGUGUACAGCUGCCUUCAGUAGCUUCAUUUGAGAACGGCUUGAAAAUAAAGACACCCAGCCUAUUUAAAGCUGUGUCUGCUCAAAAAGCUGUGUUUGGAGGAGGUGGUCCCACCAGGAUAAACUGAUUUUGGUAUCGAUAGCUGCUUGUAAAGCAUUGUUGAUCCAUGUGAGACUUGUCUUCUAUUUAAACUGACUGGAUAUUGCUUUUACAAAUGUAGGAUGAGGGGACUGUCUGGUACGGUGUCUUAUUCCCCACAGGGCUGUUUAUUCUGAAUUGAUUUAAAAGUCUUCAGUAGGUCAAAGGCAUCUUGAGCACCAGUGAGACUGUUAGGUAGGGCUGUAAUACUUGGAACUAGAUUUAGCUUCAAAGUGAUGCACGGUUCAGUUGGGUGGUGAUAUCUAGUCAUGAUGCAGAGCAGAUAAUUGCUGCGCAUUUAUCUCUCUACAAUAACAGCCUGUUCAUUAAAGAUUGACUUUAAAACUUCUACAGCUGCUGCAGCUGCACCAAAGUAAAAGGUAAGAAUAAUUUGGCAAGUUAAUGCUUCCGCUUGGAAGAAGCUAAUUGAAUCUGAAUGGUGGUCAGAUAUGGAUUUGAUUGAGUUUCUGUCUGAAAAGCUGUUGAAUUCUAUUCUUUUAUUAAAUUCCCAUACGCAAGUGGUUGUUCAAACAUACUAAAAAAUAAAUCCACCUCAUCUUUUGGCAGCACAGUUGUACUUUAUUUAGGGUUUUUAACAAGAAGGGCAACGUGAACUCAAAGAAAGCAGAAACAUGAUGAUGUUGUUAUGUAAUAGGAUGAAAGACAGAAUUCCUUCGCGCUGUUUUUAGUCUUUAAUUAUUGUAGUAGAAGAGAUGGGAGCUUGGAAAAGAAAGUAGUAGGCACAGAGCUUUAGUUCUGUGAUGUUUCUGUUCUUGGCCCUGUUCUUUAUCAAACACUAUAAGUACCGCUGGGAGUCGUGAACUGGGAGGUGGGUUGCUUCUAUUAGUGCCAGUGCGGUGGUGCAUUCACUGCUGUUCUCUUCUUCUCAGUGAGAUGACAUGAUUCAUGUAUAUAACAUAACACAGAGCUUGAUCUUGGCUGCAGCAGUGUUGAUGUCUGGAUAUUUGGUUGAGCUCUUCAUUACUGCUGGGGUUCAAAAUGUUCUACAUAUAGGUAUUUGAUUAAAAGAAAUAUAUACAA